AGUCCUAUGGAAAUUCAGACUCCUGAGAGAGCUCUUCAGUGGUUGUUCUGGAAGUUCAGGUCACUCUGGUUUGCGUUGCAAUUGAGACUACAUUGAUGGACUGAGGUCACGUUUGCCUACAAGGCUGUUGGACAUUAGUUUAAGUGUCACCGUCACACAGGUUCCAGCUAUAAUUAUGGUUUUACCUCCAUCCCAGAGACUCUGGGUGGGGAUGCUGGCUGUAAUGGUUGUGGUGGUGGAGCUCCCCGGAGCCCUGCAGAAGUGCAUCUUUGAUGAGGUUCAGGCCCAGACCAGGGUGGUCCGAGCUGCAACCAUCCACCCAGACGGCCCACCCAACGAGCCCAGACUCCGAGCCCAGGCCGGGCAACAGACCAAGCAUCCAGGACGAAGGGCAUCACCUCCGCGUGACCUGUCAGUGAAACAGAGGAGAAGCCUGAGAAAGAUAGUCCCGCCCACUCCUGCCUCUCCACAGCCAAUCAGGAUCCAGACCUGGAUUCCAAGAGAGAGCAACAACCUAUCAGAAGCUGAGAAACAAAGGCUGGAGGCAGCGGUGGAGGAGGCUGUGAAGAUGGUGUCUUCUUUACUGUCAGUGAACAGAGUACCAGGUCCGUUGCUGCUCAGCAGAGACAUCAAGAAAUACUGCAAGUUUCUCUGGAGGAAUUCAAGUACUGCCAACAACAACAGGUGUGGUCGAGCCAACAACAAAUACAGAUCUGAGACCUGCCUGGAUGUGACAAUCCCAGAUGAUCAUCUGGCUGGAUGUGAUAUUUACGAGGAGGCUGAUUCACCUCGCAGGACUGUUCUGCGUCCUGAAGGUGCUGGACUCCCGGACACCGACUUCCUGCUGUACCUCCACGUGCAGGCCACUGACAAGUGUAGAGCCGAGCCUAACGUGUUGGCCUACGCUGUCCAAUGUCAGACGGACGCCCAUGGCCGACCUGUGGCUGGGGUGGUGGUCGUCUGCAGGGACAGACUGACAGGAGCCACAUACAGCCACCAGGCUACUGUCCAGACUGUGAUCCAUGAGCUAUUUCAUGCACUUGGCUUCUCUAAAGAUCUCUUCCAGACCUGGAGAGACUGUUCCUCCACUUCUCAUGUGGGUGCUGGUUGUUCUCCUCGAGGCAAAGUGACUCACUCUGAUGGAUCGGGCCAGAUGAGGAUUUACACCCCGUCUGUCAUCUCAGCCCUGCAGGAUCACCUGGCAUCCACUGACCCUGAGCUAGGAGGGCCGCUAGAGAACCUGGUACUGAGCAGCUCCAACUUUUUCAGAUUUAUCAUGUGCUCUCCUUACAUGUUUUACACUUUCUUCCUUCAGGAUGCACCUCCGGGCAGAGUGUCCUCGCACUGGGAGUCCCGGGUGCUGCAGGGCUCCAUCAUGGCGGCAGUGCUGGGGGACUCGACCACAGUCCGGAUCGACCCGGUCACCUUGGCUGCAUUGCAGGAUACGGGCUGGUACGCUGUAAGCCUGAGCCGGGCACAGAGUCUAGUCUGGGGAAACGGUGAGGGAGCCAUGUUUGGUUCCCUGUCAACCUGUCAGGACAAGUCCUCAUCCUUUUUCUGCACCAGCAGUGGAUUUGGGUGUCAUUAUCUUCACCUACACAAGGGGGAGUGCCAGACUGAUCAAUACCUGGAGGGAUGUCGAGUGUAUAAACCCCUAAAAAAUGGAAGUGAAUGUUGGAAAGAGGAAAAUGGCAGGAAGUCAGCUGAAGAGGACUGGAGCGGGGAGAUCUUUGGCCUUGACAGCCGUUGCUUCUUCUCCAGCCUGACCAGACAGAGUCAGUUUCUUUUGUUCAGCAGCUCUGUGGAGGGACGUUGUUACAAACACAGGUGCACUGGACCGAACAGGUACCAAAUCCAGGUGUUUGGCUCUGAAUGGGUGGACUGUCCAGCAGGGGGCACCAUUCAGAUAAAGGGAUACCAGGGCUUAGUUUCCUGCCCUGACAGGAGGUUUUGUCUGUACGCUGACAUUACUCCUCCCUCAGACGAUGUCACUACGUUUCCUGCUUCUACCACAAGUGAUCCCUAUGAGACUUUAACUUCAGCCCAGAACGGGACCUGGUCGCUCCUCAGACCUCCUACAGAGCUCGCUGUAGCCGCAGCGCUCGGCAUCACUGCUGCUGUGUGUCUCCUGGCUGCAGUUGUGGUGUCUUACAGGAAAUGUUGCCCCGACAGGGUCAGGAUCCACACUGCCCCAGACAUUCAGUGAUCUGGAGCAAACACUGCCUUUAAAAACUUUGCAUGUAAACUUUUAGUAUUGUAUAAACCGUGAUUUUGAUGGCUUGUUUUUUCCUCAGUCACAUGUUCUAAGGCUAAAUUAUCAUUUUAAAUGUGAAAGAGAAAUAAUUAAUUCAAACAAAUAGUACAUUUUGUAUUGUAUCAAAAGGAAAUACAGCAAAGUCAUGAACAUUAUUUGUUGUGGGCCUGACUCAGCUAAAAAACAUUUAACAGCUGGUUUCCUGCUCCACACAUAAUGAUAAUAAAUUAUACUAAAAUAGCAUAAUGAGAAAACAUGGCACAACAAACAAGGAACAGUAAAUACAACAUUAACAGAAUGAAUAAAGACAUUGUUGAGAUAAUCAAGUAACAAAAUACAGCUAAAUGACUCACAGAAACAGAAGACUGAAAUAGAGAUUAUAACUGUUAACAAUUACAUUGGAAAAGAGGAAGUGAAUUUAAUGUGGUGAGAGAUAUUGUUCCAAAUUUUUAUAUAUGUACGGGGAAAUAAGCUUGUAGGCUCAAGAGUUCCCUUGUUGUAUUAUGACUACAAAACAAAGGAAGAAGUAGUAAGGGUUUAAAGUGUAAUGGUACAAAUUGGUGCCUAUAUGAGCUGUAUAAUUAUGAAAAGUUAGAUUGUGAUAAAGCUACACACAGUGAACCCAUGACGUUUCAUAUAAAUCCUAUUUUCGCCAUUGUCUUAACUGUCAUUCCAGUUGUUUCAGGGGAUGGUUACAAAUCUAAUGUGGAGUCAGAAUGACAUUUUUUAUAAAAAGUAUGACUGCAUUAAGAUACGUAUUUAAAACAGCAGGGAUACGAUAUGGCCUAAUGUGGUUGUAACAGCAAUGGCUCUUUCCAGAAAUCAUGACCUGGAUACUCAAGAUAAUCUACUGAUUUGUUGUGAGUAGUUUCAUAUAGGAACUAUGGGUAGAAAGAAAAUAGUUCCUACAAAACGUGUAAAAUGUUGUUUUUGUAUUUAUUUGCUAUAUCACAGUUAUUUGCUGUGCAUUUGACUGUAAAAUAACAUGAGGAACCAUCCUCUCUCUGCCUCGUCGCCACUUCCUUCAGCCUUGACAUCUGAAUGUGCACAAGAAGGUUCAUCAGUUCUAUAUCAAAUAGAUAUUUUACAUAUAGUCAUGUAGUUUAGCUGCAAAUUUGUCAAUUAUGCCCACGUAGG